UAAGUUGCCAUAGCUGCGAGUCAGGGCAGAGCACUGUCGGUUGCGCCGCCGCGUCGGGUCCGUAUCACCUUCUCGGUCACAGGUGGCCGUGGGAGCCGGGCGGGCCUCGGCGAUGAUCCGGCAUUAAGGAUCUGGGACUCUCCUCUAUCUCAGGUGGUUUGGGGAAAGUGUAAGGGCAAUCAAAGAUCAUCACCUUGACUAGGCCUUUUGCCCCGAACCUCAUGAAGAGAUGAUAGGAGGCAGACAUAUGUGCCUGAGAAGAGCACUGAGCUCAGUGGAGAGCAACACGGAGAUUUGGGGGUGUGCUUUGAUUUGUGUACAUCAAUGGCAGAAUCCUCCAGUGAUUCAGACCACUUCCGCUCUCGUGACCGAUUGAGUCGAUGGGCUGCGAGGUCCCUACACCGGGAACUUGGGAAUCGUCCUGCACUAGAUGUCACCGAGAAGGUCAACUCUAUAACAAGUACUCUACAGGACACCAGUCGAAACCUACGACAAGUAGACCAGAUGCUUGGACAAUAUCGAGAAUAUAGUAAUGGACAGGCAGGUGCUAUAGAACACUUAAAAGAAAGCUUGGAACAGUCAGUAGGCCAACUGCGAAGUCAACGUUUAUUGAGAAGCUCAGGAGGGAGAAGUAUUUCUGUUACAAGUCUGAGUGCAAGUGACUUUGAUGGUGGCACUGUGACAGAGAGCCACCGUUUUCCACCUACCUCACCUCUGAAGGACUAUGGGGAUCAACAGGGUAGUAAACGAAUUAGAUCCAGAACUGGUGUCCGAUUUGUUCGAGAGACUGAUGACGUGGGCCAGCUUCAUGCUUUUCAUCAGUCCCUCCGAGACCUCAGCAGUGAACAAGUUCGCCUUGGAGACGAUUUCAACCGGGAAAUUGCCAGAAGAAGCAGGUCGGAUGCUGAAACAAAAAGGGCUUUGGAAAGAUUGACUGAGAAGCUGAGUGAAACCCAAAAGCAAGAAAUGGUUUCAGAUCGGGUGGAGCGACGGCUUCAGGAAAUAGAGAGAGAGAUGCGCACAGAAAGAGAGCUGGUGGAAAGACGUCAGGAUCAACUGGGACUCAUUUCUUUGCAGCUACAAGAGGCAUUGAAGAAACAAGAAGCUAAAGCACAUGAAGAUGAGGGAGUAGUGAAAAAUAAGCUAAGACAAACUGAAACUGAGAAGAGUCAACUUGCCCAGGAAUUGGAGCUAUCUCGGAGGUUACUGAAUCAGUCAGAAGGCAGCAGAGAAACACUUUUGCAUCAAGUAGAAGAACUCCGUACACAACUUAUGAAAGCAGAAGGCGAUCGAAAGGGUUUACAACAUCAAGUAUCUCAGAUUUCCCUGCAGCAGUCAAACCAGCAGGAUGAACAAGGAGAUGACUGGAGGUUUAGGAGAGGCAUUGAGCGGGAAAAGGAGGGUCUGGAGAAGCAGAUGUCGGAUCUGAGAGCACAGCUGAACCUCAGUGCCCUGGCCUCCGAGUUGGAGGAAGUGAAGCGGUGCGUGGAGCGAAAAGACAAGGAGAAAGCACAUUUGGCAGCACAAAUAGAGAAUUUAACAUGUGAACUGGACAACAAGGAAAAGCAGCAGCUGCAGAUGUUGGAUCAACUUCAGGAGAUCCAGAAGCACUUUGAGACAUGCGAUGCCAGGCAGAAGCAUGCUGACCUCCAGAUCUCGGAGCUGACUCACCACGCCGAGGACGCAACCAAGCAGGCCGAGCAGUACCUCCUGGACUUCCAGCAGUCGGAGGCCCUGAGACAGGAGGCGGAGAAGAGGAGAGAAGAGCUGAAACUGAAAGCUCAGGAGUCCAUUCGGCAGUGGAAGCUUAAGCAUAAGAAGUUGGAGCGAGCGUUGGAGAAACAGUCUGAAACUCUUGAUCAACUGACAGACAAGAACAAUCAGAUCCUAAAAGAAAAGGAUGAAUUGAAAAGCCAGCUUUAUGCAGCAUUACAACAAAUAGAGAAUCUUCGAAAGGAAUUGAAUGAGGUCAUAACCAAGCGUGCCCUUCAAGAGGAGGAGCUUCACUGUAAGGAGCAGAAACUAAGUGACGUUAAGGCUCAUCAAGCUGACCUUGAACUAGAAGUCAAGGGUAACCUGGACACCAUCCAUAGGCUAGAAACUGAACUGCAAAAGCAGAGUACGAAUCAAAGCCAGAUGAAAGUUGAGAAAGCUCACCUGGAGGAAGAAAUUGCAGAGCUAAAGAAGAGCCAGGCGAAGGACAAAGCUCAACUUCUUGAGAUGCAAGAGGCCAUCAAGGACUUGAGUGCCAUCCGGGCAGAUCUUGCCAAUAAAUUGGCCGAGGAACAAAGAGCCAGGAAAGAGGUGCUUAAAAACCUUUCUGACCUCAAGGCACAGGCAGAAUCUAAAGAUGAAGAAACAGCUACAAUCAUUGCACAGCUAAAGCUGGAACGAGAUGUUCACCAAAGGGAGCUGGAAGAUCUCACAUCGUCAUUGCAGAGCGUGAAAACUAAACACGAACAAAAUAUCCAGGAGCUGAUGAAGCACUUCAAGAAAGAAAAGAGUGAAGCUGAGAAUCACAUUAGGACACUGCAGGCAGAAAGCUUAGAAGAUAAGAAUACGGCUAAAGUCCAUCUUUGUCAGCUAGAGAAGCUGAAAGCACAGUGUGACAGGCUGACGGAGGAAUUAACCCAGAAUGAAAAUGAGAAUAAAAAGCUGAAGCUAAAAUAUCAGAGUUUGAAGGACCAACUGGAAGAAAAGGAGAAACAUAUAAGCACCGAAGAAGAGCACUUAAGGAGGAUGGAAGAGGCCAGAUUGCAGCUCAAGGAUCAACUUCUUUGUCUGGAGACCGAACAGGAAUCCAUUCUUGGUGUGAUAGGAAAGGAAAUUGAUGCAGCUUGUAAAACCUUCUCCAGGGAGUCGAUGGAGAAACUGAAAGUUUUUUCAUCUGGUUCUGAUAUUAAUUAUGACCCACAUCGCUGGUUAGCAGAAAGCAAGACUAAACUUCAGUGGCUGUGUGAGGAACUGAAAGAGAGAGAAAACAGAGAGAAAAGUCUACGGCACGAGCUAACGCUGUGUAGACAGCAGCUCAGGAACCUGACUGAGAACAAGGAAUCCGAGCUCCAGUGUCUGUUUGAUCAGAUAGAAAGGCAGGAGCAGCUUCUGGAAGAAAUACAUCGGGAGAAGAGAGAUCUGCUGGAGGAGAGCCACAGAAAAGACGAAGAAAUGGAGUCUCUGCAGGACCGUGUGAAUGUGUUAGAAACGAUUUGCUGUAUGCUUGAAAAUGCUCGUAAUGUUGGGGAAGGGAGUUUUAACCAGAUAAGGAGACUGGAGGGAGCAUUCUCCGCUGAGGGUACAAGCACCCGAGUGGCCUUGGACCAUCUGGAGUCAGUGCCCGAGAAACUGAGCCUGCUAGAAGACUUCAAAGGCUUCCGAGAUUCCCACAGUUUAUCCGAGAGAAUUGGUGGGAGAUACUCCAAAUACAGAGGUCACAGAGAGUCUCUUCAGCAGCACCGAGAUGACCCCAAGUACAGAAUCAGAAGCUCCAAAGACGACCAGACCUUCGCCGACAGUUCCCAUGCUCAUCAUGGCUUAGAUCACUCUUCCUCCUGGCAGGACCGCGGUCACUUCCUGUCUAGUCCACGAUUUUCACACUUUAACUCAUUUACCACAAGAAUGUCUACUCCCAAUUCACCUUCAAUCAAGGAAGAUGCGACAAGAUUACCAAUGGAUGGAACAAGUCUACAAUCCAAAAAGGAGGAAUACGAAAGCAAAAAAAGCAAAAUGUAAUUAGUUGCUUUACAUGAGUGUUUUACAAACAAUAGCAUAUCCACCCUUGCUGCAACCUGGCCCACAUUAUCAGGCAGACAUGUCUGAAGUUUAUGCUCUUCAGCAUUGCCAAACAUCAACUAAGAUAACAAUACAGUUGGUCCUUGUGAAAGAUACAAUUAAACCAAUCCAAAUAAUGUCAGCUUGUGGAUGACUUACAACUAACUUAUUGGCAACUUGCACCAGCAAAGAAAGUGAUAUUUUUCACUUUGCAUUUUCUUUUUCAGGUGUGCUCAGCCACAUCUUUCCAACCAAAAUUCAGAUUUAUAAUUGAAGUCUUUCAAAAAUGGCUGGCUAAACAGGAGGAAAAUGAAUUCCCCUUGAGGCUGAAUUUGCCAGCACUUUAGAUUCAGGGAAUAUUUAUAUACAAUUGAUUUUUUUAAAGUGCUUUCUUUCUAAUAAAUUAUCAUGUGUUGUAGCAUGCCAUGGAAAUAUGCAAAUAUUAUAUUAGCUCACUUUAUAAAUGCACAGGAUUGUUAAAUUCAUCAUCUCAGCAGUCUGCUACUACAUGCAGUAUCUCAACAUUAUUUCCAAUGACCCAUAUUAAGUAGCAAUAAAGAAUUUAAUUUACAAUGCUAUCUGAAUUGUAGAGCACUGUAGAGAAUUCAUUGCACAGUUUAUUUAUUUGUCUUUUUGUGGCCAAAUAUCCCACUGUGAUCACUUCAGUUGUGUCCUGGACCAUCUUUGGUUUACUCUGACCAAAAUCAUAGUACCAAACUCCCGUGUCUAUGAGAUUGCUCUGCGAGAGUCCUCAUAUGAUUUGGUACUAUCUGUCUACUUUCAGCAUCUCAGCUUUUCCAACAUCAAGGUGUCUUUAAGAACUUAUCGUCAUUACAUGCCGACGUACCAGUGGAGAAAGAUUUCUAUUCAAUGCUAAAUAAUGGUAAACAUCGAGGCACUAAAUCGUCAUUGGGUCAUGGUGGGAAAAUUCUGCACAGAGGCAAGGACAACAAAGCAAUCCCUUCCUAAUGUGCAUCACAUUUUGUGUUUGUUAGAUUUCUCAUCUAUCAUAAAGAGGCUUCCAUUGCCACUCAAGAUAUGUCUUCCUAACUUAGAAUAUUUGGAUAUGCAGAAGAUGUGAUACUCUCAUUCCAUGAACAUAAAUGCUACAGUUACCACAGAAGGUGAAGCUGUUUUAUGCCCCCAAAUUACAUAAUGCAAACUACAUGACCCCUGAGAGUACAGGCAUGCAUGUUAUCAUUUAUUCAUUCCCUAAAGCUUGUAUUGAGUUCUUACUAGAGGCCAGUCAUUGUGCUAGGAAGGAAAAAAAAAAGAAACAAAACAUAAAAGGAGGUGUUUAUGUCCCAAAUUUAGUUUGGCAUGAGGAAUUACAUGGAAAAGGGGUGUUGUGCCCAGGCUAGCUGGCAAAAUUCUGGAUUACAGAACAUUAAAGAGGUUUGGUUUGGUUUUGUCUAAUCUCAGGACUUCAGGCUGUUAAUGUGCUAAUGAGCACUAUGGGGUUUUGGCAAGAAUAGUCUUUUUUUGAAGGAACAGCUCACACCCUGGUGCAGCACAUAACCUCUGUCACUCUCCGGUAAUAUCUGGGCUAUUAAGAAAUUGUGUCAGUAUUGUCAUUGCUGUUUUGACCAAUAUCACAAUAUGUUGUCACCUUGGAUCUGGGAAGAAAAUUAACAGGUUUAUUCAAACCCUACAGAUAACAGUUGAAAACUUUACCCUAAUGUAUUAGUAGGAACUUCACGCAGUAUAUUCUGUUUAAUAGGAACUAAUUUAAACCAUUAUUAGCACAUCUGUGGUCAUUUAAAAAAAAUUAUGUCAAAACAGUGAGACCUGAAAGUUUAAGGUAACUCAGAUUAUUUACUUGGCAAACCCUUGAAAACAUAUUAGCUGAUGGUUUUAUAACAGAAUGGAGAGAGACCUUAUGAAAGACCUUUUUAAAUCUGAAAAAUAAAAUAAAGCCACUAUGUCACAUUA